AUGGUUUCGAUAGUGGCUAUAGCUGCGGCAUCAUUAAUGGGUGGGGCCACGGGAAUGAACAUGGACAUGAGCUCCUCAACUACGGGCAUGAGCAUGAGCAUGAGCAUGAGCAUGGACAUGGCGUCAUCAACCAUGAAAAUGGGAAGUUCAGUGACAGGUAUGAGCAUGGGGACUUCGUCCAUGAACAUGGGAGGCUCGCACAUGAGUAUGGAAGGGUCAACCAUGAACAUGGGAAGCAUGAGCAUGACUGCGAGCCCUUCAGCAACAGGUGGAAUGCCAAUGCCAAUGUCUACUUCGUCGUCCUCGACUUCUUCUUCUAGCAUGGGUGGCAUGGACGGUAUGGACAUGGACAUGAACAUGCCCAUGAACUCGUAUCUGACACCAAAAUUCAUGAAUUAUCCCGUUUUAUUCCAGGGUCUUUACGCCUCGAGCAAAGCGCAGGCGUUUGGUAUAUUUGUGCUCAUCAUUACGGCAUGUUUCACGUAUAAAUCGAUUCUCUUUUUAAGCUGGUGCCUGGAGGUUAAAUGGUUCAAGAGAAAGAACCCCAAUGGCAGUCCUGGCCAGGUGGCCCCUUAUGGGACUGAAACAGACGAUAGCUCUUCUCAACUUGGCCCAGGCAACUACAUGCAAGACUUAGAGUUCCAAACCAGAUACCUACCCAAAGUGCCCAAUAUUUUCGUAGAUUUUGCUUCUCCUUCCAGCAUUGAGGUUCUACAUGAUUUGGUCCGGCUAAUAUUGACCUUUGUUUCGACUAUGAUCGUGUACAUGCUCAUGCUUGUUGCAAUGUCGUUUGUACUCACAUAUGUGUUCGCGGUCAUUUUGGGUCUAGCAUGGGCAGAGGUGUUCUUCAACAGAUGGAAGUUGUGUCUGAUAGCCAGAUGGGACUUGCAGCGCGAAAUAAAGAGGAGAAUGAACUGCAACGGUGGCGCAUCAUGCAAGUGCGGUAAUCACCACACCGCCGACGUCGAACGCGCCGAGCAAAACUCUUCCGUGAACGAAAAGGGUAGACUCUCGCAAGAAACUCUAUCAAGAGCUGUAGUGGACAAGACCAACAAAGCUUCUGACAGUGAAGAUGCCGGCUGCUGUUGUGAUUCUAACUCUUUGAACCGUGAGGAAGAGCAAGAAAGACAGGCGAGAGAAAUUUCAAAAGAAACGGAACAAACCGGCACAAUGGAUGUUAAUUUGAAUCCGCCCGAGAAAUUCGUGUAA